AUGGGGCUUGUGGUUCUAGAGAUUUUUUUUGAGCUUAUGUGGCACAUCGUCAGCUUCUUAUUUGCCCUGUGGAUGACAUACGCUGCGAGAGAGCUAUUUUUGGACUAUAUUUCUCCGAGGUGGCGGCUUUCGGAAAUUUCCACCAUGCUUCCGCCGACGUGCUAUAUACGCCCCCCAGCGAAAAGGUCGUACGAGCAGUGA